AUGGUGCUGGGCAUGUCUGCAUCCUGGGACAGCGUCCCUUGCCGCCCAGGAUUUGGAAUGCUCACAGAGCAAGGACUGCAGACCACACGGUUGGGAAACCACUUGGAAGACCGAGUCAACAAGUUUUUGCGGCGACAGAAUCAUCCUGAAGCCGGGGAGGUGUUUGUCCGUGUAGUGGCCAGCUCAGACAAGACGGUGGAGGUCAAGCCCGGGAUGAAGUCACGGUUUGUGGAUUCUGGGGAAAUGUCUGAAUCUUUCCCGUAUCGAACCAAAGCACUCUUUGCCUUUGAGGAAAUUGAUGGAGUGGACGUGUGCUUCUUUGGGAUGCACGUCCAAGAGUAUGGCUCUGAUUGCCCCCCUCCAAACACAAGGCGUGUGUACAUAUCUUAUCUGGACAGUAUUCAUUUCUUCCGACCCCGAUGCCUCCGAACAGCUGUUUACCAUGAGAUCCUUAUUGGAUAUUUAGAGUACGUGAAGAAAUUGGGGUAUGUAACAGGACACAUCUGGGCCUGUCCCCCAAGUGAAGGAGACGACUACAUCUUCCAUUGCCACCCCCCGGAUCAAAAAAUCCCCAAGCCAAAGCGCCUGCAGGAGUGGUACAAGAAGAUGCUGGACAAGGCCUUUGCCGAGCGCAUCAUCCAUGACUAUAAGGACAUUUUCAAACAAGCAACUGAAGACAGGCUCACCAGUGCCAAGGAACUGCCCUAUUUCGAGGGUGACUUCUGGCCUAACGUGUUGGAGGAGAGCAUUAAGGAGCUGGAACAGGAGGAAGAAGAGAGGAAGAAGGAGGAGAGCACCGCGGCAAGUGAGACCCCGGAGGGCAGCCAGGGCGACAGCAAGAAUGCCAAGAAAAAGAACAACAAGAAAACCAACAAGAAUAAAAGCAGCAUCAGCCGAGCCAACAAGAAAAAGCCCAGCAUGCCCAACGUGUCCAACGACUUGUCCCAGAAGCUCUAUGCCACGAUGGAGAAGCACAAAGAGGUCUUCUUUGUGAUCCACCUCCACGCUGGGCCCGUCAUCAACACGCUGCCCCCCAUCGUCGACCCCGACCCCCUGCUCAGCUGUGACCUCAUGGACGGACGGGACGCCUUCCUCACGCUGGCCCGGGACAAGCAUUGGGAGUUCUCCUCCUUGCGGCGUUCCAAGUGGUCCACGCUGUGCAUGCUGGUAGAGCUGCACACCCAGGGCCAGGACCGCUUCGUCUACACCUGCAACGAGUGCAAGCACCACGUGGAGACGCGCUGGCACUGCACCGUGUGCGAGGACUAUGACCUCUGCAUCAACUGCUACAACACGAAGAGCCACACCCACAAGAUGGUGAAGUGGGGGCUGGGCCUGGACGACGAGGGCAGCAGCCAGGGUGAGCCACAGUCCAAGAGCCCCCAGGAGUCGCGGCGCCUGAGCAUCCAGCGCUGCAUCCAGUCCCUGGUGCACGCCUGCCAGUGCCGCAACGCCAACUGCUCACUGCCGUCCUGCCAGAAGAUGAAGCGGGUGGUGCAGCACACCAAGGGUUGCAAGCGCAAGACCAACGGCGGCUGCCCAGUGUGCAAGCAGCUCAUUGCCCUCUGCUGCUACCAUGCCAAACACUGCCAAGAAAACAAGUGCCCCGUGCCCUUCUGCCUCAACAUCAAACACAAGCUCCGCCAGCAGCAGAUCCAGCACCGCCUGCAGCAGGCCCAGCUCAUGCGCCGGCGGAUGGCCACCAUGAACACCCGCAACGUGCCUCAGCAGAGCCUGCCUUCCCCUACCUCAGCACCACCCGGGACCCCCACGCAGCAGCCCAGCACGCCCCAGACGCCACAGCCCCCCGCCCAGCCGCAGCCCUCGCCUGUGAACAUGUCACCAGCUGGCUUCCCCAGUGUGGCCCGGACUCAGCCCCCAACAACGGUGUCCACCGGGAAGCCCACCAACCAGGUGCCGGCCCCACCGCCCCCCGCCCAGCCCCCACCCGCGGCAGUGGAGGCGGCCCGGCAGAUUGAGCGGGAGGCCCAGCAGCAGCAGCACCUGUACCGGGUGAACAUCAACAACAGCAUGCCCCCAGGGCGCACGGGCAUGGUGACCCCGGUGAGCCAGAUGGCCCCCGUGGGCCUGAACGUUCCCCGACCCAACCAGGUCAGCGGGCCCGUCGUGCCCAACCUGCCACCUGGGCAGUGGCAGCAGGCGCCCAUCCCCCAGCAGCAGCCGAUGCCAGGCAUGCCCAGACCCGUGAUGUCCAUGCAGGCCCAGCCGGCCGUGGCUGGGCCGCGGAUGCCCAGCGUGCAACCGCCCCGGAGCAUCUCGCCCGGCGCCCUGCAGGACCUGCUUCGGACCCUGAAGUCCCCCAGCUCCCCACAGCAGCAGCAGCAGGUGCUCAACAUCCUCAAGUCCAACCCUCAGCUGAUGGCAGCUUUCAUUAAACAGCGCACGGCCAAGUACGUGGCCAGUCAGCCCGGCCUGCAGCCCCAACCCGGCCUGCAGCCCCAGCCCGGCCUACAGCCCCAGCCCGGCCUGCACCAGCAGCCCAGCCUGCAGAACCUGAAUGCCAUGCAAGCCGGCGGGCCGCGGCCCGGCGUGCCUCCACAGCAGCCGGCGAUGGGCGGCCUGAACCCCCAGGGCCAGGCCCUGAACAUCAUGAACCCAGGGCACAACCCCAGCAUGGCAAGUAUGAACCCACAGUACAGAGAGAUGCUGCGAAGGCAGCUCCUGCAGCAGCAGCAACAACAGCAGCAGCAGCAGCAGCAACAGCAGCAGCAGCAGGGCAGUGCCGGCAUGGCCGGGGGCAUGGCGGGGCACGGCCAGUUCCAGCAGCCUCAGGGACCUGGAGGCUACCCUGCGGCCAUGCAACAGCAGCGGAUGCAGCAGCACCUCCCCAUCCAGGGCAGCUCCAUGGGCCAGAUGGCGGCCCAGAUAGGACAGCUCAGCCAGAUGGGGCAGCCUGGGCUGGGCGCAGACAGCACCCCCAACAUCCAGCAGGCCUUGCAGCAGCGGAUUCUGCAGCAGCAGCAGAUGAAGCAGCAGAUCGGGUCCCCGGGCCAGCCGAAUCCCAUGAGCCCCCAGCAGCACAUGCUCUCAGGACAGCCGCAGGCCUCACACCUCCCCGGCCAGCAGAUGGCCACGUCCCUCAGUAGCCAGGUGCGGUCUCCGGCCCCUGUCCAGUCUCCGCGGCCCCAGUCCCAGCCUCCACAUUCCAGCCCGUCGCCACGGAUACAGCCCCAGCCUUCACCACACCACGUCUCGCCCCAGACUGGUUCCCCCCACCCAGGACUCGCAGUUACCAUGGCCAGCUCCAUAGAUCAGGGACACUUGGGGAACCCCGAACAGAGUGCAAUGCUCCCCCAGCUGAACACCCCCAACAGGAGUGCGUUGUCCAAUGAGCUGUCCCUGGUCGGCGACACCACGGGAGACACUCUAGAAAAGUUUGUGGAGGGUUUGUAGCAUUGUGAGAGCAUCACUUUUUUUUUUUUUUCCCCUUUCAUGUUCUUGGACCUUUUGUACUGAUAUCCAGGCAUCUGGGCUCUUUUUAUUCCUAGAUGGAACUGCUACUUCCAAGCCAUGGAAGGGUAGAUUGCUGUUUAAAGAAACAAUACAAAGAAUAUAUUUUUUUGUUAAAAACCAGUUGAUUUAAAUAUCUGGUCUCUCUCUCUUUUUGUUUUUGUUUUUUUGUUUUUUUGUUUUGGGGGGAGGGGGGUUUUGUUUGGAUUCUUUUUGUCGUCAUUGCUGGUGACUCAUGCCUUUUUUUAACGGGAAAAACAAGUUCAUUAUAUUCAUAUUUUUUAUUUGUAUUUUCAAGACUUUAAACAUUUAUGUUUAAAAGUGAGAAGAAAAAUAAUAUUCAGAAACUGAUUCCUGAAAUAAUGCAAGCUUAUAAUGUAUCCCGAUAACUUUCUGACGUUGCGGGAAGAUUUUUUCUAUAGUGAACUCUGUGGGCGUCUCCAAGUAUUACCCCUGGAUGAUAGGAAUUGGCUCCUGAGCGCACACACGUACACACCCACACACACAUCUAUCUAUACAUACUGGCUUAAGCCAAACUCUUGUCUUGCAGAUGUAGAAAUUGUUGCUUUGUUUCUCUGAUAAAACUGGUUUUAGACAAAAAAUAGGGAUGAUCACUCUCUUAGACCAUGCUAAUGUUAAUAGAGAAGAAGCAUUCUUUUCUUUCUUCUAUGUGAAACUUGAAAUGAGGAAAAGCAAUUCUAGUGUAAAUCAUGCAAGCGCUAUAAUUACUAUAAAUAAGAAAAUUCAAGAAGAUUCAAUCACUGUAUAGAAUGGUAAAGUACCAACUCAUUUCUUAUAUCAUAUUGUUAAAUAAACUGUGUGCAACAGACAAAAAGGGUGGUCCUUGAAUUCAUGUACAUGGUGUUAACACUUCGUGUUCCAGCUCUUUUGUUAUGAAAAUGCUGUUUUCAACAUUGUAUUUGGACUAUGCAUGUGUUUUUUUCCCCCAUUGUAUAUAAAGUACCGCUUAAAAUUGAUAUAAAUUACUGAAGUUUUUAACAUGUAUUCUGUUCUUUAAGAUCCCUGUAAGAAUGUUUAAGGUUUUUAUUUAUUUAUAUAUAUUUUUGGAGUCUGUUCUU